AAUGUAAAUGCAUUUAAAUGUAGCCUAAUAUGGCACUUAAAGCUCCUUGUUUCCACAUGUUUGCACAAUGCACGCCCCAUGAGCAGAUAUGUGCUUGCAGCAUCAUAGGAGAACUUCUGAUGACAGAGGAAGGCAGUGGCGGAUGGGCUCUGACUGACAGACAUCAGUAGGCUGCUGUCGCACGGAGGUUUCCGGAGUUGUUCAUCAACGGUCUCUCAUUCCACAGCGCAAUGAAGGACCAAAACUACGGCGAAGAAAUUACAAAAAUUCUAGAGGAGGCCCCCUCUGCUCGCAAAGCACUUUUAGACAACUACAACAACUUACACGAUGUAGCGAAGUAUUGCGAGAACAACUACCUGCAGUCUGGAAAUGAUACGAGCAAAGCUCUGGAGGAGACCAAGGCCUUCACUGCUCAGUCUUUGGCUAGUGUGGCCUAUCAGAUCAGCUCUCUGGCCACCAAUGUGCUCAAGCUUCUGGAUGCACAGACCCUGCAGCUCCGCAAGAUAGAGUCCUCCGUCAACCAGAUCGGACAGACAGUGGACAUGCACAGGGAGAAGGUCGCCCGCAGAGAGAUUGGCGCUUUCACGGUUGCCAAGAGGGUUUCACGCAGUCAUAAGAUUAUCCCCCCAGCAAAAAAUAAAGAAGCCAAGAUCAAGUACUCCCGCACACCCAUCUCUUUCUCCAGCCUGGACUCUGUUGGCCAUGGCGUGAAGGAUUCUGGCCAGCCGCAGUUAAAAACAGCUACCAUGACACGGAGCGGCAGUACGCUGAGUCGAGGCGGCCGCCCUCCAGAGCCUGUCCAGUGUCCCGUGGCGCCCACUCUGUCUCAUGGAGCGUCCCUCACCUCACUUAAUGACAAGUCUAUUGCUUCGAGCUUUGGUAAAGCCGUGCCGCCCCCGGUAGUGCCCAGCUGGCCCACCACCCCUGAUAGUGACAUCAUCAGCACACUGCUGGAUGAAGCGCCACCUCCUCCACCCCCACUGAUGGAGGCAGAGGGUGAAGAGGAUCAUGGACAGAAGACCGGUCCACCUCCACCUCCAUCUCCACCUCCACCUCCUCCCCUUGACUGCACCGACAUCCCGCCACCUCCUCCCAUGCCUGUUUCAAUCAGUACAUCUGAUCCCAGCAGCCUAAUAAACAUGCCACCUCCUCCACCAGCCCCACCUCUUGAAACAGUGGCCGAAGAGAAUGGAUUUCCUCUACCAGAAGCUCCCUGUGACAUGCCUCCUCCACCAGCCCCUGAUGGCCUUGAUCUUCCAACCCCACCGCCUCUGCCUGGCGAUGAGAACUAUGAUGCUCCGCGUUCUCGCCGGUCACGAGUGCGACGUCAUCCUCCUAGCUCUCGCUCUCUCUCUCUGAGGGUCCGCAUGGGCCCCAGCGCUCGCUCGCUGUACACACGCUCGCUUUUUCUGCCCUCUGCUCAAUCACUCAUGAUACCCCCACCCCCUCCAUACCCGCCUCCUCUGGCUCCGCCCGCUUCAUUCAGCCCAUUGUGCAGGAUCCCUGCUCGCCUAGCGCACCUGGACCUUGAGAUUCCAGCACCGCCCCCAUCACCACCAGUAGAUGGCUUUGACAACUAUGAGGAAAUGCCCCCUUUACCUCCCCCUAUUGAUUACGACAUAUCUGCACCAGUUGACUAUUUGGAGAAAGUGGUGGCACUAUAUAACUACGAGGCAGGCAAGCCAGGUGACCUGAUCUUUCAGGAGGGGGACAUCAUCUACCUCACCAGCAGGAAUGAGGAUGGCUGGUGUGAGGGCGUUCUGAAUGGAGUAAAGGGUUAUUUUCCUGGCAACUAUGUGGAGUCCACUGCUUAACUGGCCAUAAGAAUCCAGAAUGUCAGUGAACCAACUAUUUGAAACAUAUAAGGCACUUUGUAUUCGCAUUUUAUAAAAUGAAACAGUGAAACGACUGGCUGAAGUUUUAACAUUCCAACUAACAUGCUGACUGAUGUUUCCAGCAGAGAGGAGUUUGUGUGGACAUGAAAAGCCGCUCUUAUUUUAAAGUUUAUUUUGGUCUUAAAUAAUGAUAAUGAUAAUGGAUUUCUCAGGACUUUAAGUUAUAAUCUAAAUGUACAAUGUAUAAAGAAACAUUUUUGUACAUUUAGCUGUAUUUGAUAAGUUCACAAAGCAGAUAGUGGGUGGUGUUUGUUUAAAUUAUGUUGAGCAAAUAAUUAAAUAAUAUAUUUGUGUAAUAUAAUUUAGUUUUCUAAUUGUAAACCUUUAUUACUCAUAAAUUGAUAACAUUUUAUUGAUUCCCUAGCAAAUGAGUAGCAGUAUUUUCCCAAACUUUUUUCACCCUAGUAAGUGACUGAAAUCUGUUAAUAUACAAAAUUCAGUCACAAUUUCAUGAUACCUAGUAGGCAUUUAGAGUCUAUAGAAUCAAUAAACUGUUGACAUUGAUGUCUGGGAAUAAAGUUUUUAUUUGUUUCAUGUUAAUUAUUACUAUCCACUCAUUAUACAAAGAUCUUUUGAUAUGUUCAUUAAUGAUGAUCUGACUCAUAUGCACCAGUAGCCUUAUUAUUUAAAUUUUUUGUUCUCCUUUAGACUGUUACUCAUGUUCAUGAAAGAUAUUAAACCUUCCACAGUUUCUUCAAACUAAAUGUGCUCCUAUUCUAUUUAUUUCACAUAAAUAAAAGGAGAAAUUCUAGGGAUUUAUGUGCAUUUGGGGACAGAAAAGUCAUGCUUGUGGUCAUGGACCAGUUGUACCGAAACCAAAACUACUAAAAAUGUCUGCUGGCCCAAAGCUUUCAUUUUCAACAGGGAGGGGAAAUAUAAUGAUAUAGAUAACAUAAUGACUGUUCUUUAAUGAUAAAUUGAAGUAAUAAAGUGAAAGAAUAAUAAUAAUGAAGCACAUUGUUGCUGUGUGAUGAUUAAAAAGAAUGAAGUGCUGCAAAUACAAUGUUCUGCAACAGGAAACACGUGAUAUAGGUGCUGUGUCUUUAAACAGUCGACAGUCACCAUAAAAGUGUUCAGACUUCACUAUCAGCACUACAACCCCUCCCUCAGAUAAGACUUGGUCUCAAAUCAGAGCAGUGCACUCGGAGUCUACAUUAUUGACGUAAUCGCCUGAAUUCUUUGAGAGUUGCUUUUGAAUUGGGAAUUUCUUCAUUGCCAUGGACAGCAGUGAUCGAUUUUUAUUAUUUACCUGUGCCAGACAGACAGCGCGCCAGCUCUGAACUGAGUUCUCUUUUGCGUCUUACCACGCUUAAUCGGACAAAUACACACAAAAUUACGAUCCUCGCACCUGUCAUAAUCUUUGUUUUUUUGGCAAUCUGCUGUACUGCCUUCUGUAAAAUGUCCUAUCGGGCCCGUAAUCAAGCUCAAGUCAGGGAUCAACAGUCUGUCUACGUCAUUCCGAUCUCUCUGUCCGAUGAUGACCUGCACAGACCGCCACGCUACAGCACCGUACAGUUCUACGAACCGCCUCCUGCUUAUAACGAGUUACAUAUGAAGACAGAAAUCCCUCUGGAAUCCCCUCCUGCAUAUUCAGAAUCUGUCUCUGCCUCACCUUCACAUUCAUGAAUCAUGAUCACACCAAACAUAAGAGUAUCUCAAGCACUUGGACUGGUUAAAGGGAAAAAAGAAGGGGAAAAUUGGGAUUCUCGUGACUUUUUCUAAGGACUAUGAUUCAUUCUACCUAUGCAAAGGAUAGUGAGGAAUUUAAAUAGUGAGGAAGACAAUGGCACAGAUGUGAUGAUCUGUGAUUCUGCUGGGAUUUUGAACAUGUCUUACACGGUCAUGAACUAUUUCACACUAUGAGCAGAAGGAAAAGGUUUAAUAAUGUAUAUAUGUUUUUAGUGAAUAUUUAUAAAUUUUGCACACGCUAGCUAAACCCUUUUUGUUAACUUUGUGAAAUGAAAUGUGUUAAUUUAUAACAAAUGUUGUAAAUGGUUGACUUGCUGUAAAUUGUAUUGUGAAAACUAUAGGUAAACCUGUUUAAAUAAAAUAAAAGUGUUGUAAAAACACUGACUUUAAA